AUGGUUUGCCUUAAGUCCACCGUCGUCCUGGCCCUCUGCGCCGGUCUCACCGCCGCGGGCCCCAUCGUCGCUCGCGAUCAGGCCCUCGAGAAGCGACAGGGCACCGCCAACGUCGGCAGCGUCACCUGCGGCGACAACAGUUACUCCAGACAACAGCUCGAGGAGGCUGCUGCAGAGGGCUGCCGGCUCCAUGCUGCCAACCAGCAAGUCGGUGCCAGCGAGUACCCCCACCGCUUCAACAACCGCGAGAACCUCAGCUUCGCUACCUCUGGUCCCUUCCAGGAGUUCCCCAUCAUCCCCUCUGGAAACUACACCGGUCGGUCUCCCGGGCCCGACCGCGUUGUCCUGGACCCGAACUACCGGGGUAGCUGUGUUUACGUCGGCACCAUGACACACACCGGCGCCUCUGGACGCAACGGCUUCGUCUCCUGCAACCAGACCAAGUCAUCGGGGUCCAAUGGCACCUCGGCUGCGGCGACUCUUGUAGGCUCGGGAUCGCUGGGUGCUGCUGUGUGCAUCCUGUCUCUGCUGACGCUCACUGCAUGGUGA